CUCGAGACAUAUGCCCCCGCCGUUGCCGCCGCUCGCCGCGGCUCCUGCCUGCGCGCGCACUCUGGCCGAGCUCCUAGUCGCACUCUCAGCCGCCCGCGCGCUCCCCAAGGGCCAGCAGCUUCAUGGCCACCUUCUCAAGGGCGGCCAUCUCCCUGCCGUCGCCUCCUCACACGCGCUGCUCGCCCACCACCUCCUCACCUUCUACGCCCGCUGCUCGCUCCCCGAGCUUUCUCUCCGCGCCUUCCUCGACCUCCCCGCUUCCCCCUCCCCCGCCGCAUGGUCCUCUCUCAUAUCCUCCUUCGCCCAGAACGGCCUCCCCGCCGCAGCCUUUGACGCCUUCCGCCGCAUGCUCGCGGCCGGGGUCCCCGCCACCGACCGCUCCAUCCCCCCCGCCGCCAAGGCCGUCGCAGCUGCCGCAGACUCCUCGCGCCCUCCGCUUGCCCCGCACGCCCUCCAUGGCCUUGCCUCCAAGACGCCGUUCGCUGGCGACGUGUUUGUGGGGUCGGCGGUUCUUGACAUGUAUGCCAAGUGCGGGAACCUUUCGGACGCCCGCCGGGUGUUCGACGAAAUGCCGGAGCGGAAUGUUGUCUCGUGGUCUGCACUCAUUGGUGGCUAUGCUGAUGCCGGGAUGCAUCCUGCAGCACUCUGCAUCUUCCGCUCGGCACUGGAGGAGGCUGUGCAGGUCAAUGACUUCACGGUUUCGUGCAUUGUUCGUGUGUGUGCUGCAGCCACACUCUUUGAGCUCGGGGCUCAGGUGCAUGCCCGGUCUAUAAAGACAGCGCUUGAUGCAUCACCGUUUGUGGGCAGCUCGCUUGUUUCUCUGUACUCCAAGUGUGGCCUUGUGGAUUGUGCUUACCGGGUUUUUAGUGCAGCACCUGAGAGAAACCUUGGGAUUUGGAACGCAGUGCUCAUUGCAUCUGCGCAGCAUGGCCAUACUUCCACAGCAUUUGAACGUUUCACAAAGAUGCAGCAUGCUGGGUUCCGUCCUAACUUCAUUACCUUCCUGUGUUUGCUCACAGCAUGUAGCCACGCUGGUCUUGUCAAUGAGGGGAAGCGAUAUUUUUCCCUCAUGAAAGAAUAUAGAAUUGAACCGGAGGUUGAACAUUAUGCUGCAAUGGUUGACCUACUUGGUCGUGUAGGACGUAUAACUGAAGCACUGGACCUUAUUGAGUCGAUGCCCAUGGAACCACCUGACUCUGUUUGGGGUGCACUCCUAAUGGCAUGUCGCAUGUUCAAGGAUGCAGACACUGCGGCAAUUGCUGCAAAGAGGCUAUUUGAGACAGGGUCUCGCAGCUCUGGUGCACACAUGCUCUUGUCAAGCACAUAUGCAGCUGCAGGAAGGCAUGUUGAUGCAGCACUUGCAAGGAAGGCAAUGCGUGAUGCAGGUAUACGGAAAGAGACUGGCCUUAGCUGGCUUGAAGCUGCAGGGGAGGUGCAUACCUUUGUGUCAAAUUGCAGGAGACAUCCAAGAAGCAACGAAAUUUAUAAUGUGCUGGAAAAAGUUGGUGAGAAAAUGGCGGUGGCUGGUUAUGUGGCAGACACUAGUGCAGUGGUUAAGGAUGUGGACAGAGAUGAGAAGUGCGCAUCACUGGGGUAUCAUAGCGAAAGGCUAGCAAUAGCGUUAGGGCUCUUGAUUGUUCCGGAAGGUGUGCCAAUCCGAGUUAUGAAGAACUUAAGAGUGUGUGAUGAUUGUCACAAUGCAGUUAAGUAUCUCAGUAAGUGUACAGGAAGAGUUGUGGUUCUCAGGGAUAACCGUCGAUUCCACCGUUUUGAAGAUGGGUUGUGCUCUUGUGGGGAUUUCUGGUGAUCUACACCAUUCUCUUUCCUAUUGCCCUUAUUCGGCAGUUUGGCUCACAUGGAUUCAUCGAUUGUGUCUUUCACUUAAAGUACAGUUCUUAGAUAAAUGGAUCCAUGUGAACUCAGAAGCUGAUACGAAUCAUAAAGUUUAUUAUGGCAUAAUAGUGAGGUGAUGGAUUCGAUUUUAGGGCUGCUUGGAAAUUUUGCAAGAAGUCUGGUCACUUAGGAUGAAACAGUUCUUGGAUAUGGAAGAUGGCCACAUAAUGGUGCAAUAUAUUCAGGGUCAACAUGACUCCGUGGCCUUCUUAUUUGCAGUAUUCAUACAAUGUACCAUGGAUCCACUGGAACAUAGCAUUUUUUGUAGAAUAGUUAGAGAAGAACUCAUGAUAUCAUCUUAUGAGCUAUGGCAUCAUACUGUAGUGCAUAUUUCUUUCACAUGAGCAUAACCAUAGCCCUCAGAGAGCGAUGUAACAUUUAGUUGCGCUUGUUUAUUCCAUUUUAUCCGGGAGAAGAUCAAAAUGGGCCAGUAAACACAUUAUUAUGCAUAUCUCUCCACUGUUGUGAAAUUGAUCGCUUCAUGCUUUGGCAGAUCCA